AUGAUUUAAAAAAAAAUAUUUUUUAAUUUUGGUAAAUAGAAGUUUAGAAUAGCAGAAGCAGAGAAACUAAUUUUUGAUAAAUCCUAUAAAAGUCUAAUUUAUAAAUUGCAGAAUGUAGAAGUAUAAAUAAAGCUUAGAAUUAGAACUAAUUACAAUGGGCAUUAAGAAGAUUGAGUUUUUUUACAGCAUUGAAUUGUAUUUUGGCAUCAUAAAAAUAUAUUUAACCAAGUAAUUUUAUUAUUCAAAUAAGUUUUUGGAGGUUGGAAUUGUGCAUUACAUACAUUAUGUACAGUAGCAAGUUUUGGAGGUUAAAUGUUUUUAUAAGUAUUCUCAAAAAGAACUAUUCAUGAAUUAAUAUCAUUAAAAAAAGGAGAUUUUGUAGAAAUUAAUUAAUACGUUUAGGACUCCAAGAGUAUAAACAGGUCAUGUUAGUGAAUUUGCUAAUCUUAGUGAAUCCUAUUUUAGUUAUCAUUGAGUUGAUAAAUAUUGAAAAAAAUGAAUUUGCAG